GAGCUGUACUCCAAGACGGUACCAUCGAGCUAUCGCCCUGGACUCGUCUCACCGAGCGUCCUCAUCGAAGGGCGGAUAUGGCGACAUCCUAGCCAUAGGUUUUGGGACGACUGACAGAGGGAGCGCCCCGCACCAGACGUAGUGGACUGAGAUAAUAGGUGUGGUAGCAGACGAGCAGAAGCUGGGUGAUAGGAGGUUAGAAGAAGGGAAUCAAGAGCACGGGAAUGGAGAAUACACCAGGCCGGGAAGGAGCGGGGAUAUCCCCUCCUCCUGCGCCACAUGAGGAGACAAAUUUCUGGGAGGAUGAGGACAGGAUAAGAAGUCUCCUGGCCAUGUGCUUCGAUGACGGGGUUUACCCCACGGAGAUUGACCCAGGGAGAUGGUGGUAGAUGGUAGGGAAGUAAGGUUCAGGUUGAAUACCUCAUUGGAUGAAAUUAAGGUUAAGUGGUUGAAGGAGCGUACUGUCACGGUCAUCUACAAGGAUGCCGCGAGGCUGCUGCCGAAGAAACUUAAAGACGACCUGGUGCGUGCCUUCGAAGAUGGUUGGGUGAUUGGCAACGAGUCCUUGGGAGGCAUCCUGAGGAGUGGGAGAAUUAAAAUCGAAGGGCCAGGAGUGGCCUCCUAUGUGGCAAAAGCAAGGGAGGUUGCGAAGUUUAUGCUGGCAGAGGGUCAGUUGGAGGUGACGUUGGGGGGUAUCCCUUACAAGGUUAUCUUUAAGCCUUGGAUGACCAGGGCGGAGUUCAAAGAGUUGAGAAGGCGUGAAGAAGAGAGCACCUUUUGGGUGAUUGCUCUGCAGAUUCCGCUCGACGAUAUGCCCUUUAUUUAUGCUCAAAUCAAAAAGGCGAUUGGCAAGAUUAUUCGGGCUCAUCCAACCGAUGUUGAUCCAGACAGACCGGCUUUGGUUAAUGCGCGUUUCGAUAUCGAUCUAGAGGCAAGGGCUAAUAUGAAGGACGUUAUCUGGGUGGAAACAUCCAAGGGAGACGAGUUGGAGAUCCGUUUGGCAUCGGCGGGGACAUUGAAAUGCAGCAAGUGUAGGCAGUUUUUUCAUUCAGAGCAAGAUUGUCGAAGGGGUGUAAGGGAGCGGAAUCAGGAUACAGGAGCAGGAGGCGCCACUUCGCAAUCUCAGCAUCAACAUGCGGGAGCAGCGUCAUCGCAAGGGUGGCAAAUGGGGCCAGCCCCCAUGGAUUGGCUUUUGGCGAAUGGAGUGUCAUCGGCACCAUGGGCUGGAUGGAGCGGAACUCAAGGCGGUCAAGGGGGGCUAGGGCCAGCAGGCCAGGCCUAUCAGUCAAUGGCGGCGGCAAUGCAAGGAGCCUCCGAACAAGGAGCGGUUGGAUUGCAGCAAGGGGGACAAGGUGCGAGCUCUUCGCGCCCGUUCGGGGGGUCGUUGUUAGGUGAUGGAAAAGUGGGGGGAAGAGGGGAACAGCGCUCGGAGAGCACACCAGGCAGAGCGAGAGGUCGAGGAGCAGGCAAACAGAGACGGCUCAGUAUGACUUCGCAACAGGAUUUGGUGUCAGAACCGUCAGGGGGAUCUCGGAUCUCGAAGGAGGAGUCAGAGACAUCAGUCAACAAUAAGGGGGGUCUCGUAACCCCAGGCAAGAAGACAACACGGGGUAGACGGUUGACCACGACAAUCAAGUCCGCUAGUACGGAUAUGCUGCAGUAUUUGGUACCGCUACUUUGUACAUUCGCAAGAGGAGCAUCCUGGGUGAUAGCAUGGCAACGGAACGCAGGGCCGUUGUUAAUUUUCGGUUAGCAAACUGCUGAAAUGCCGACCAUCUCUUCGAUAAUGGAAUGCUUAAGCACUC